AUGGAAGAGGACGUGGACAUGUUCGACCUGAUGGACGAUGGUUUGAAUGAAUUUUUGGUCGAGAGAGCUAAUCGUUUAGCGUUGGAAAAGAAACCUCUGUUCAAAGCUAAUAUGGUGUUCCUACCAUACCAACGGCAAGGUUUAAAGGGUGCGGUCAAAGAAAGAACAAUUCAGCGUGACGUUUGACCAGCUACGUCCCCCCACGAAGGCGGAAACUUUAGACGAAUGAUUGUACAACGAUAAGGGAUACCAUACUUCAACAAAAGCUCCCUAAUACAACACAAGUACAUCUUAACAUCGAAAGAACAUGGGAAUGGAACCGUUCAAUCUGGAUUGCUGUCUGAUGUGAAAUAUGGUGUUCCCGUCAACGAGUUUGUGAAUAGAGGCGAUUAUGUUCACGUGAUGUUUGAAUCACUUGCCAGAAAAAUGAACAGUGCCCAAAACAUGAAUCCUGCCAUUGGUUUCAAUGCCACUCUCACAUUUAUUACGUACCCUGAAAAAGGCGGAAAAGGUCCAGCGUCGAAGAAUCCCAAAAGGCUUCCAUUUUAUAUGAUGCUUAAGAAAAAAAAAUGCAUGAUCACCAUCAAGAAUCAAGAUGAAUUAUGCUGUGCCCGUGCGUUCUUGAACCGAUCCUACUUUUGUUCUGACUGUUGCAAGGGGUACAAUACAGAAGACGCAGCCAAUCAUUCCUGUAUGAGACGUAACUGUUCAAGCUGUCAACGAACACGUUCGCAGAAGGGUGGUUGUCCAGAUUUUAAACCUGGCAAGAAACGUACCAUUCCCAGCAAAGACUGCCAGCGAGAUUUCUACCGUCAAGACUGCUGUACGAAUCACAAAAUGAAGAAAGGCAAAAAGAAAGUGAGUCUCUGUCAAAAGGACAGAAAAUGUUUGAUUUGCUGCAAAUAG